GGGCCUCAAUUUGCCAUUUUGAACCGGGGCCUCCAAAUUCAUUAGACGGCCCUGCAAACCGGGUUACCAUUUUGUGUGAUACAAAUCACAUACCUAUCACCACCUUCCUCUCUAUUCACAUUACGAUCUUAUCCCUCCAGAAUAUACAAAGGUACUUCUUCCCAAAAAGCAAUGGCAAGCCAAUUAUAUUAAAUAACAUAAUAUCAAGGUAUGUUCUAUCCUAUAAUAUUAUAUAUUUUGUUUAUGUACUUCUUGAAAUAGAAUCUUCAUCUCACAUUGUAAUUACAUUACGUACACAUUGUAAUUAUAUUUUAUUCAUGUUAUGAUAAAAAAAGUGUGUAAAACAAAUAGGUAAUAGCUUAUAUUAAUUAGGAAUUAUUCUGUAUUUUGGAAACUUAUUAUUCUAUUAUAAAUACAUCUCUCAGGACCCUCAUUAGGGUAACCUGUGCCAAUAUUUCACAUGGUAUCAAAAGCCUACGUAUCUAAAACCUAAAUAUUUUUUUUUUCUUCCGCUGCACUCGAUGUCCGACGCCGCUAACUCCAGCGCCAUCGAGACCUCUGCCUCCACUGUGAGUCAAUCGACCACCACAGUCGUCGAGACUAGCACAGCCGCGAUCGAUGCUCAACUUUCCUCGCCAUUCUCGAUCAGCGCCGCUCUGUCAACCGCUGCUUCUUCUUGUUCUAUCGCAGGCUUAGGCUUCUCCUCAAGCGAUGGCUUCUCCGGUGUCUCUCAGGCGGUGUUCUCGGGAGGACCGCUGAUUAGCUCCAGUCUCUGGUCCUCGCCCACCGUGUUCCCAUUUCUUCAAACUCCCGGGCAGAGCUAUUCUUCUCUUCCAUGGCAGACGUUUCGCCCAGCCUCACACCAUACUCUGCCGCCUCCCUCCUCCAUACCGGCCUCACAGUUCUUCGGCUCUACUUUCACCGGAUCUCCGGGAGUGGUUCAUCCUCCAGAACCGUCUAUUUUUGGCAGUCCCAUGGCCUCGUUGAUACAAUCUCUAUCUCCUAUCUCUAAUGUCAGUCAGAUUGUGACCAUUAAAUUGAAAGCUGUUGAAGAUUAUUUAACUUGGCGUACACAAUCGUUUCUGGUCUCACAAGGCCUUUUUGGUAUGCUUGAUGGUUCUAUCCCUGUUCCCCUCAUGUAUACUGUUGAUUUCAAUAAUUGUCAGGUACCGAAUACUGAGUACUAUCAUUGGUUAAGGGUAGAUCAAACUAUCCGAUCUUGGUUGUUUGCUACUCUUACUCGUGACGUCUUAGUUGACGUACAUGAUCUUAAACAUUCUUUUGGGAUAUGGGAAAGGUUGCAAACUCGAUUCAUGUCUGCAAGUUUACCUCGUUGUAUGGAAUUAAAGCGUCAGUUAAAUAAUCUUAAAAAGAGGGAAAAUCAGUCUAUGGAUCAUUAUCUCCGGGAUAUUAAAAAUUUAAUUGAUGCUCUCGCUGCGGUUAAUUCACCAGUUUCGGCCAAAGAAUUGCUAGAGUCUACUCUUCGUGGCUUGGGUCCCGAAUAUGAAUCAUUGGUCGGUACUAUUAUGCUUUUUCCCGAACAAUUUCCUUUUGAGAUAUUGCAACCUCGUCUUAUGGAGGCCGAACAGCGGGUAUUAUUCAACCGCCAACAAGCUUCUCAGAUUCAGCCCGCUUUUGCGGCUGUUGAACAGCAGCCACCACAGCAACCGUAUGCUCCACGAGGUCGGGGAGGUCGCGGCAGGGGAGGCCGCAGCCGAGGCAGAGGUGGUCGCGGACGUCAUAAUUAUGGACAGCGGUUUGGACAACAAUAUUACGGGCAGCAGCACCAGGCCGGUCCAGUGCAGCAGUUCGGACAGCACGUUGGUCCACCGCUGCCGGUCUAGCCAGGUCUGCAGCAGGUUCAUCCGUCGGUUCAGCCCGGUCCGCCUCACGCUGCAUCUUCUUCGGGCACUUCAGGUUCUGCUAGUAUAUCUGUUUUGUCCACUUUAAAUACUAAUCCCUAUUUUAUUUAUGGUACUAACUCUAGCCCUGCAGGCUUUCCAUCUUUUGAGGGUAUUCUUGGUUCUAUCCCACCGCCUGUUGUUUGUCAGAUAUGUUUCUCCACAGGUCAUUCUGCUAUGCAUUGUACGUCCCGUUUCAGUCAACACUCUGCUCCUGCAUUGAUGACUUCCAAUGGGGAUACUAAUGCGUCUUUAUGGUUCCCGGAUUCCGGUGCUUCAGCUCAUAUGACUCCAUCAGAAGGACAAAACUUCGGGGGCGGUCCUUCUUCGAGCACCCAGUAAAGGUCAUCUUUAUCCUGUCAGCCUCAGUUCUCCGUCAUCACUUGCUCUCUCAUCCGUGUCUGUUCCAGGCGUCUUGUGGCAUCGUAGAUUAGGCCAUUGUGGCGACUCUAUUUUACAUUCCUUACAUAAGCAAAAACACAUUUGUAGUAGCUGUAGUUUUUCUCAUGAUUGUAUUUCUUGCCGUUUAGGCAAAUCACAACGUUUACCUUUCUCAGAUGCUACUCAUUCUUGUUUUCAACCACUUCAGCUUAUUCAUUCUGAUGUUUGGCAAUCACCUGUUUUAUCCAAUUUGGG